AUGUCUUGGGACUGCCGUCCUGCCCCAACUAGGAACAAGCUGAACCCCAGCAGCUCUCAAACAGACACCUGCCUCUCGGUUCUCCCCAGCCUCUUAUUUAUUUACUUUGCCGGAUGGCUGUUUCUAACGAAGCAGCGUCUUGGCAGCUCCCUCGCCUGUCCUUCAGCACCACGCUCAACCAGCGAGAGAGGUCGGCGCCUCGUCCCACUCCAGCGCAGGCAACUGGGGCCGAGGGCUUGGGUCACGUGUUCAAAGAACGUCUCCGCGCCUGCGCGAGCGGCCGGCGGAUGUCCAGAGAUCCUCCCGAAAGCCGCUGGGACCCGGGGCCUGAGCCAGGCAAGGCCGGGCCCAGUCCUCCGCUCACCCCGCCCGCGCGUGGCUCCGCCUAGGUUGGGAUCAGGAAGGGGGCGGGUCCGCCGGCCGGGACGUCUCCAAAGGGCUGUGUCCCUUCGUGAGCUUCCCGGAGGUGCUUUGCGGCUGCGUUUGCAAAGCGCAGCGCCAAGUACUGGAGGGCGAGUCAGAAAGACAAUGGCCAGACCAUAUGGAAAAACAGACCUCGGACAUCCACAGCCUGCAGAAACCCGCCCAGGAAAUCACCUCCUCAAAUACAGUAAACCACCCAGGACCAGCCAGAGAGUCAAAUAUGCACCCCCAACCAGUCAUACAGGAUGCCUGGCUUCUAGUCACCUGCCUUCCAGCUUCCCCACGCCAACAGCCUCCAGAGAAGGCACCAGAAGCCUCUUUGGGCUGAGAAGAUAUGUGUCUGUCACCCUCCUUACUUGGGAAAAUGCACUGUGUCCUGCUCUGAAUUCACAUCUGUAGUUGAUCUUGGAACUGGUCACAGUACUAUGUGUGGCCAGUACAUGAAGUGCACUCCCAGACCCAAGACCGAAACAAUAGGUUGCUGUGUUUUCUCAGAGUGCUUGGAGUCCUCGAGCCUCAUCCCUGCUACCACUAGCCAGUGCUUGCCCUUCUUUCUGUGACCUGGCCCAUCUUCCCAAGGCACCUUUCCCAUCAGCUCCUGCUGAACCCAAGCCAGUCCACAGCACCACACACUAUGGUGCUCGCCCAGAGCCCCAGGGCGACAAGGAGUCCGCCAAGCUGGGAAGACCUCACAGAACUCAGUCCUGGUGGCACACGUCUGGUGCCAGAUUUCUUAGUAAGAAAAUCAGCUUCUGCCCAGACAGCAACAUAACUUUUUCCCCCAAUCCCUGGCACAGAGGCCGGGCCACGAUCGCCAACCUGCCGUGAGAACACAGGAAUAUGUCCACUCUGUCACCGGCAAGUCCUGGCAGAGUCUUGCUGUGUUCUGAGACAGCACCCUCAAUGGAGAACUCCGGGCAUCAUGUCGAGGCAGCUUGAAGUCUUCACUGGAGCCAGAGUCUUGAUCUAUGUGGCCCAUCAACUAAAAAAAAAAGUUUGAACAGCAUCAUUAACCUAACACGACUUACUUUUCCAUAGGACUCUAAGCUUUCACAUGCAUGCUGUCAUUUUUAUUUUGGUUUUCACAGUGGCCUGUGAAGUAGGUAAGCUGGAUACUGUCGUUAGUCAACGUUCAGAGGUGACAGAGCAGCAGCUUAGCGUGUCUAAGGCCACACGUCCCCAAAUGGCAGAACCGGGACUGGAGUCUGGAUCAGCGCCGUCCCCUGACGGUUAACCUCUUCAGGACCCAGUGCCAAGUCUCCCCAGCUUGCAGCAGCAGCGACCACACGGACCACCAUGGGCUCCCAGGCCCCGCUAGCUGCAAGGGCACGCAGACACUGAUGAAUGUUCUAGAAGAUCCUAAAGACACGGCUGAGCGGAAGCUUGCAUCAGAGGGACAGGCCCUGGCCAAUUGUUCCCCAUCCCUGGUGACAGGUACCAUCUUAUUAAAUCUGUAAAUCGGUUGUGCUGAGACUAUAACAGAGGAUAUCGUCUGAGGAACCUUCCAAUUUAGCAGACAAUGAGUAUCCGCAAACAUUUUGGGGGCCUGAUCCAGAAGCUCUAGCUUAUGGCCAUGUCUUCCAAACACAUAUGGAAGAAGAUACGCACAUGGGUCCAAACCACUUAACACAGUUGUCAAAGGACUGACAAUAUUGUAAACUUAAUGGCUGCCAAGGUUAUGUCCAAUCAAUUCAUUCAGUUCCAUAAAGAUUUAUUGAGCA